AUGGGUCUUGCAUGCAAAAUCUUCGGUGCUUGUUUUGUAGGAAUUCUCUUCUUUCAUGGCUCUUGUGUCUCUGAUAGAGCUCCAAAUUACUCUUUCAUGCACAAUGCAACUUCAGCUCCAACAAUAUCAUACUACGACUACAUAAUUGUGGGUGGUGGAACUGCUGGUUGUCCAUUAGCUGCCACUCUCUCCCACAACGCUAGCGUUUUGCUUCUCGAACGUGGCGGCUCACCCUAUGGGAAUCCUAACAUUACCAACCUAGCCAAUUUUGGUGCUACGCUGUCCGAUCUCUCUUCUACUUCCCCCUCUCAACGUUUCAUUUCCGAAGAUGGCGUGAUCAAUGCCCGUGCACGCAUAUUAGGCGGUGGGAGCUGCCUGAAUGCCGGAUUCUAUACCCGUGCUGCUCCAGAGUACGUAAGAGCUGUGGGGUGGGACGGUCGGCUGGCGAAUGAGUCAUACCAAUGGGCAGAGCGGCGAGUGGCGUUCAAGCCACGAAUGGGGCAAUGGCAAUCGGCGGUGAGGGAUGGGUUGGUAGAGGCCGGAGUGUUACCAAACAACGGAUUCACAUACGAUCAUAUUAAUGGGACUAAAGUUGGUGGAACAAUAUUUGAUCAAGAUGGGAAUAGACAUACUGCUGCUGAUUUGUUGGAGUACGCCAAUCCUAGUGGGCUUACUGUCCUUUUGCAUGCUACUGCAUACAAGAUCUUGUUUGCAAUUAAAGCAAGACCAAAGCCAGUGGCUCAUGGAGUGAUAUACAGAGAUGCAUCAGGAGCAAAGCACAGAGCCUAUCUAAAGAGAGGAUCCAAGAACGAAAUUAUCAUAUCAUCUGGUGCACUAGGAAGCCCACAGCUCUUGAUGUUGAGUGGAGUGGGCCCUGCAGAGCAACUUCGGGCCCACAAUAUUACAGUUGUGUUGGAUCAGCCCAUGGUUGGGCAACUCAUGUCUGAUAACCCCAUGAAUGCUAUUUUUAUCCCUUCUCCUCUCCCAGUUGAGGUUUCACUCAUUCAAGUUGUUGGCAUCACUCAAUUUGGUACCUACAUUGAAGCUGCAAGCGGUGAAAAUUUCGCUGGUUCUCCUCAAAGAGACUAUGGGAUGUUCUCUCCUAAGAUUGGUCAGCUCUCAACGGUGCCACCAAAACAAAGGACCCCAGAAGCCCUAGCCAAAGCUACUGAACUAAUGAGCAACUUGGACCAACAAGCUUUCCAAGGUGGAUUCAUUCUUGAAAAGAUUAUGGGGCCAAUUUCCACUGGUCAUUUGGAGCUAAGAACACGAAGCCCUAAGGACAAUCCAUCGGUUACCUUCAACUACUUCAAAGAACCACAGGACUUGCAAAGAUGUGUAGAUGGCAUUUCAACUAUGGAGAAAGUGAUUGAUUCAAAGUCUUUCUCUAAGUUUAGGUUUGAUUAUAUGUCAGUUCCGCAACUACUAAACAUGACAGCAAGUGCCCCAGUAAAUUUGUUACCUAGACACUACAAUUCGUCACAAUCGCUACAAGAUUUUUGCAAGGACACAGUCAUGACCAUAUGGCAUUAUCAUGGAGGUUGCCAAGUUGGUAGUGUCGUUGAUCGUGAUUACAAGGUUAUCGGUGUGGAUGCGCUAAGGGUUAUUGAUGGAUCCACGUUUAAUGUCUCUCCUGGGACUAAUCCCCAAGCCACUGUCAUGAUGCUUGGAAGGUACAUGGGAGUCAAUAUUUUGAGGGAGAGAUUAGCAAGUGAAGAUCAGGCAAAGUAG